UCUACUGGCAAUCUCUGGAGCUCGUUAGUGUCUCACGCUCUUGGCAGUAGCAACUUCUACGAUUUUUGGAGACAUCAAGUUAAACAGGUAUUAUUUAUUCUUCCAAGAGCGGCGAGAAGCCGUGGAUUCUGUUGAAGAAGGUUUUGAUUUUUACAUAUAUAUAUACACACACACGAUUUUAAAAGAAGGGCUGAAACGUCUUUCAGGUUAAAGUGUAUUCGUUAUUUUUAUGAGUUUGAACCUCUUAGCUCGCGUGUGAUGUUUCGCUCAGACCUUUUGGAAUGCGAUUUAAAAUCAAAGUGAAUGUUCUCAGGCGCUUAAGAGAAGUUCGAUGUUUUGAAGGAGAUGGACAGGAUUCGUGAGGAUUAGCAGCGCCUGUAGAUGUGUCAGGCAUGGAAAACUUUAGCUGAGGCAGUAUUUCUAGAUAAGGUUGUCUUUCAGGUUGUCGGUACUGUGGCUGGGGUUGCUUUGGUAAAAUAAGAAGAAAUACGACAGAAACAAAAGUUGAUCAUUUUAGUUUUUGGAGUUUCGCUGGAUGAGACAAAAUCAAUAUUUGUGUAUCCUUGAUCGAGGAGCUACUUUUGUUUUUCGUUCUGGACAGCUAAAUAAUUGAUUCAGAAGUCUAAUGACUUUGGCACUCAGCCUAUUCCAAUGUAAUAGUCUGGGAACUUUUCUAGAACUGUCAACUGUACCUUAAGAGAACGAAUUUUAAAAAAGAAAAGAAAAUAGAAGCUUACCGCUUUAAAACGUUGAAGAAUUUAUGCAUUUGGGGAUUUUGGUGCCUAAAAUCGCAAAAUAAUAACAGUCCAGUGAGUGACAGAAAAUAUCGAUAGUAUUAAUAAUAACAAUAAUAGAAUAUACGAGGAAAUGGAGCUGAGAUCAGAAAUUCCUACAGCACCGGCAGGAUCCCAGGUCCAUCCUGGUGCCGCUGCAGCCUCAAUUCCCGUGUCCAUGGCCAGCAGCCUCCUCCGUGGGCCCCCUCUACUGCUGCGGACAGCCGAGAAGUAUCCCAGGACUCCUAAAUGCGCUCGUUGCAGGAAUCACGGAGUAGUGUCCGCUCUGAAGGGCCAUAAGCGCUACUGCCGCUGGAAGGACUGCAUGUGCGCCAAGUGCACUCUGAUUGCCGAGAGGCAGCGGGUGAUGGCCGCGCAGGUGGCUCUCAGGAGACAGCAGGCUCAAGAGGAAAACGAAGCCAGAGAACUCCAGCUCCUCUACGGCACCGCAGAGGGACUCGCCUUGGCGGCUGCUAACGGCAUCAUCCCGCCUAGACAGAAUUACGAAGUUUUUGGCUCCGUCUGCAGCGACACUAACUCUGAUUCGAAAAUCCAAAAGUUUGAGCUAUUUCCGAAGACCCCAAUGUCAAGGUCAAUGACCCCGCAGCAGACUCUGGGCAAGUCGGUCUCCACGGACAGCGAAUCGGUGACUGGGAGUGUGGCUGGGACCUCCUCGCCCGAGGUGCGUCAUGGUUCGGGUUCGGAGAAUGGGGACGGAGAGUCUUUUGUAAGUUCUCCUGUUCCUAAAACUCUGAAAGACGGAGAAGACACGCCCGGCUCCAUUAGUCCCCUGGGCUCCGACUCUGGGUCAGAAACCGAUAAAGACGAACAGGAGCCUUCUCCUUCAUCCACCGCCACUCGCCAGAUGAACGCAAUCGACAUUCUGACCAGAGUAUUCCCCACUCACAAACGGAGUGUUCUGGAACUGGUGCUGCAGGGCUGCGGCAAAGACGUGGUCCAGGCCAUCGAACAGAUUCUGAACAACAGCGGACAAUCAAAAGCCCCCGAAGAAGCGUGGACAGCGGAAAGGGCACUUCAGAGUGCCCAACCACCUGCAGCUUCCACUCCGCGACCGAUUUUACCGGGAGCCAUGACACCUGCCAUUGGGACUCUGAGCAACAGAUCCGCCUUUUCCCCACUGCAACCUAAUUCACCGCACUUUGGCGCAGAUCCCAGCGCCUACCCCUUAAGCACCCAUUUGGGACUAAACCCAUUGCGCCUGGCUUACUCGGCCCACAGCAGAGGGCUUGCCUUUAUGACUCCUUACUCAACUGCUGGGCUCAUGCCAACUUUGGGCUUUCGGCCACCCAUGGACUACGCCUUCAGUGACCUCAUAAGGGACAGGACAGCCCUGCACAAAGAACAAGGGUAUGGCAACGGGUUGUAUGGGCCGAUGGUGAACAACAAUCCAGAGAAACAAUGAAGGCGAUCGCCUCGUGUGACCAAUCUCAGAAAAAAAAACUUUUAAGAAAAAGGAGGUGAGAAAUGAGGGAGGACACUGACUUUGUGUAUUCGUGACGUAGCCAAAACCGAUGGCGGUGCCCUUUGUUAUUUUAAAGUCUGGUUAUUCAACUGUUUUAGGCGCCUCACCGCAUCACACUUUCACUUCGCAGUGAAAACUACUGGUCUCGGCAGGCAUUGGAGAAGCUGCCUGAAGAUGAAAAACGACCAAAAAGCCAUUCUUUGUGACUGGUCUGACUGUAUGGCUGAUGGCUUCUCUCAGUGACUGAUCAACCUCAGAGGCUAUGCCUACAUAUUGUUCUUAAAAACAAGGACAGAUACAGAAAACGGAAUAAAGUCUUGAUAGUAUGA